CGAGUCAUCUGGGAGUUGGUGCUAGAGCUUAUAGUGAGUAGUGACGGCUGUCGGGCUGUGUAGCCUGUGUUCAAUGUGUUGGAUUGCUGGUAAGGUUUAAAUUGAGGGAUAGUUUUGACUCGAUGCUUAAUUUAACUACUAGUAUUCGCAGUUAGAGUUACGAGGUGUCCGCAUUCAACAAAUUGGUCGAUUUAAAUUCAUUGUUCCCUGCUUUCGAUAUGGAGUAUGAAGAAUUUUUUGAAGUUGGCGAUGAUGAAACUCCAGAAGAAGAGGAGAACAUUGACUACGAGUCACAGGCCCACAGAGCCCGCAACUACCAGCUGGAGCUCUAUGAACAUGCCAAAAGCAAUAACUCCAUCCUGGUCCUGGGAACAGGUUCAGGGAAAACUUUCAUCGCCAUCCUACUCAUCAAACACCUUGCUAAUGAGCUACGUGGCGAUUUCCCUGUUAAAGCCAAGCGCACAAUAAUGGUUGCAAACACCGUGCCCUUGGUGCGGCAACAGGCCAAGGCAAUACGAGAGCAUCUUGGCGGCUUUAAGGUGGCUCAAUAUGAUGGCAGCAUGAAUGUUGACAGUUGGAACGAAGAAAAGUGGCUUCAAGAGAUGCGGGAAAAUGAAGUUCUGGUGAUGGUGAGCCAGAUAUUCCUUGAUAUGCUGAACAAGCACUUCAUCUCCUGGGACCAGGUGAAUCUGUUGAUUGUGGAUGAAUGCCAUCAUGCGACUGGCAACCACCCCAUGCGCGAAAUCAUGAGGCAUUACUAUUCCCUUUACCACACUCUCACUCCGGCCAACACUCCCCGGAUACUUGGCCUGACUGCCUCCGUCAUCCAGAAGAAAUGUAAAGCUCACGAGCUAACUAAACUCUUCUCGGAUCUCGAAGAAACCAUGGGAUGCCAUCUUAUAACAACUGUGCAUCACGAGGAGGUGCUGAAGUUCACUACAAAGCCCCGGGAGAUCGUAAUCUGCUAUGAUAAUCAAAGGUUUUCUCCUCUAUCAGACCACUGUAAAACAGUGGUGAGCAAAUUGAACAGCAUGAUGACAGAAUUUGAGAAUAAGGAAUUUGACCGCAAAGAAAAGAAGCUCCUAUGUCGUGUCCUUCGGAACAUAGGGAUCGCCAUUGAAGACCUGGGUGAAUGGUGCGGAAGUCAGGCCAUCAAGUAUGAGAUUGAAAAUUUCGAGGAAGAAGCUGAAGAAGAAGUCACAGAUCUCCGCUAUUUAUUGAUAGUUAUUCAAGCACGACUUGAACCAAUCCAGAAAGUGUGUCGCGAGGCCGAGGUACUUUACGACGACCUCGAGCCGUACAUGAGCCACCAUGUCGCCAAGUUUCUUGAGUUGUUGCGGCUCACUUCCCAGAAUUGUGAGAUAUACGCUCUCGUGUUCGUGAAAACCCGAGCUACCGCUUUCCUACUCACUGAACUUCUGAAGAAAUUGCAAUCAAGAGGCGGCGUCUACAAAGACAUUAAUGCUCGUUGCGUCGUUGGAUGCAAUGCCGGCGGACGCUCUUCGAGCGACAUAGCUCGUUCGUGUAGAAGUCUUGCUAAACAAACUGAGACUCUGAAUGCUUUCCGUGCAGGUGAAUUUAACGUUCUCGUUUGCACCAGUGUCUUGGAGGAAGGCGUCGACAUUCGAAAGUGCAAUCUUGUGGUUCGCUUUGAUGAGCCUGGAAACUUUCGGUCCUUUGUUCAAUCGAAAGGUCGAGCGCGUGCCGAGGACUCGAUGUAUGCCUUGCUGGUCGGCCCUGAUAGCAAACUGCCCGGUGAGCUCGAACUUUACCGCAGUUUGGAGAAAGAGUUCCGGCAUGUAUGUCGAAAUAGAGCUCAUCCCCUGCCAGAAGAAAUAUUAAAGUCUUUUAAUGAUGACCUCCUGCCACCGUACAUGCCAUCCGGCUUAAAGGGGCCUCGCAUCACUUCGGCGUCUUGCUUGACUGUGAUUUACAAGUAUUGCGAUCAGCUGCCACAUGAUCGCUUCACCUCACUUGCGCCUAAAAUCGUUGUUCGUGAGGUGGAUGAACUCUUCGUAGCUACACUGGAACUGCCUCUCAGUUCACCGUGUAAGCACACAAUCAGAGGAAAGCCCAUGGAAAAUCGUGAAUGGGCCAAAAAGCAGGUCGCCCUGGAGAUGUGUCGGUUGCUUCACGAGUGUGGUGAGCUUAAUGAUUCGCUAAUGCCCCUCAAGAAACCUAAGAUCUGCGAAGAGAUGAUGAAAUCCAUCAUUGGCGACGAUGAUGAGGAGGACGACGUUCGCGGGAAAGUUGGUUCGAAGAAGCGUCGCCAGAUCUACAAACGAAGCGUUUGCGAGGCUUUUUCAACUGAGCCAAAAACUGUGGGCGCCUGUUAUUUGUACCGCCUGCGCCUCGAUCAUGCAGUUCGAGUAGAGAACUGUGAGAAGUUCGAUGGCGACUACAGCUUGGGUCUCUGCACUGGUCAACCCAUCGUGCCUGCCACUUUCCCUCUCUACAAUAACAAGUGGGGGCAAAUCAAGGUGAGUACGGAACUUGUGAAGUCCUUCAGUUUGUCAGCUGCCGACCUGGAAAAUAUCAAAGCGUUCAACAAAUUUUUGUUCGGCUUUAUGCUUGACAUUCGCAGCGAAGUUAUGGAGCAAAGCGAAGAAAGUGAGUGGCGUUGUUUGGUGGUUCCUCUGCUGAACGGCGCAGAAAUAGAUGGAUCACUCAUCUGCUCCGUUGUUACGAGCGACCAACUAAAGCUGGUGAUGCCUUCCAAGGACGCCCGCAAACGCUUUGUUUACAACGAGUGUGCUUACGAAGAUGCCAUUGUUGUUCCGCUGUACAAAUCUAAACAAGUUUACUCAGUCUACCGGGUAACUAAAGAAACUCCUUCUACAAAAAUUGACUCUAAGAUCACUAAAGGCCUGAACUACAGUGAGUAUUUUAAAGGGAAAUACAAACUUGACCUCAGUGAAGAACAAUGUAUGCUCGAAUGCCGGCAUGUGCCUGCUGAACUGAACUGCCUGGCUCCAGUCCCAGAAAAGUUGAAGAAGCGUGGUGGAGAGCACCCUAGGCUGGCUCCUGAACUGUGUUACGUUCUACCUAUACCAGCACACCUGUACUUCCAAGCGUGCCUCUUGCCGUCCAUCCUGCAGCGUUUGAAUGGCUUGAGCUUAGCGUCCGAUCUGAUCACGAAGAUCGGACAAAUGAACAGCAACCUUCAAGGAACUCUGUAUGAAGGGAAUCGGGGCGUGCAGACUGUAACGCGCGUGAACCCAGACUGUACGCGGCUGCUUCAGUAUGACUGGUGCGAGCGAGCCAUCCGCGACGCACUGCAGCUCCACCCGUCGGGCAACUUGUGCGUGGCACUCGCGUGCAAAGAUGACAUGCGCUUCGAUUACUUCAACAACGUUGUGGUGCCGGGCCAUAACUCUGCUCUCGCUAUGGACGUCCCCAUCUUGCACGUACUGCAGGCGCUCACGCCGCUCAAGACGAUGGAUUGCUUCAACUUUGAACGCGUUGAAGUCCUCGGCGACAGCUUUCUAAAGUUCCAUUUAGGACAGCUGCUUUUCCUACAGUACCCUCAGUGGCACGAAGGCAAACUCACUGCCCACAGGUCGCAGUUUGUGUCCAACAGCACACUCUACAAGCUUGGCAAGAGAAUAGCGCUGCCUUCCUUCCUGCAGGCAACGAAGCUGGCGCCGCGAGAGAGCGGUCCUGCGCCAGGCUUCUCUGUGAAGCGCACCGUGAAGGAGACUCUCUUGCAGCGGGGGUUGUCUCAUGAGCGCUGGCAUUGCUACUCGCCCAGCGAUGCAGAAGACUCAUUGGACAAAUCUGACUGCGGCUGCUACGAUCCCUGGGCUGAGCAGUCCGUCCCUGACAAGAUGGUCGCGGACAGCAUGGAGGCGCUGCUGGGGUCCUGGAUGCUGAGCACAGGGCUGUGCAGCACCCAUCACCUGCUGCUGCUUCUGGGCUUCCCUGUGCACGCUUCCGUCCAGGUGCCACGAACUGCCAUCCUCCCGCACCUCAAUGACGACCAGGGUAAUGCUGACAGAGGGGUUUUGCGGCUCUACCACCAUUACAGGCUCGAACAACUAGAAAAAGACGUCCUCCACUACUCCUUCCGCAACAAGAGCUUCCUCUUGCAGGCCGUCACGCAUCCAACCUUCACUACAAAUAAGUUUACUGACUACUACCAACGGCUGGAGUUUUUGGGUGACGCGGUUCUCGAUUUCCUUGUGACUGGCCACGUGUUUGCGGCUGCUGGGGAGCUUUCUCCGGGCCGCAUCACGGACAUCAGAUGUCACUUCGUUCGCAACGACACUCUAGCCCACGCUUGUGUCAAGAGCGGCAUGCACAGGUUCCUGCAGCACCACUGUCCUACACUUCACGGCGUGGUUAAUAUCUUUGUCGAUCUUGUUGAACGGGAAAGCCGAAAUGGUGUUGCAUCUACCACUGAGUCAAACUUUGUGCCUGGAGCUACUGAAGCACAUGGUCCGUCAUCCGCAUUGAACAUGGAGAACGACGUACAGUCGCUCGAUCAAGUUGAGGUACCUAAAGCUUUGGGUGACCUGGUCGAAGCCAUCAUAGGUGCCGUCUACCUGGACUCGGACUUGUCCUUGGACAAGUGCUGGGAACUGAUACAACGUCUCAUGCCUGACCUGAAGAACGACCGCAAUUUUGCCGGCGUGGGUAUCGACUGCGUUCGCCUUAUGCAUGAGAAUGUCGUCAUUGAGAACCAAGAAAAAUUCAAUGAUGGCGGUUUGGCCGAAUUCAGGAUUAAGGUCAAAGGUUUAGAAUGGCUUACCGGCCGCGGGAAAAAUUUGCGGACCGCUAAGCAGGCAGCAGCGAAGCUCGUCCUGCAGCGCUUGUACGGCGAUAAGUGGGCCACCGCCGGGAAGUAGUUCCCAACCUGGGCGGCUGUUUUUGCUGAAGCUGUUCAUUUUCACGGUGUAGAUGUUGAAAAAUUUCAUUGAUUUCUUCAUCCAUAUAAAUUGAGUUGGUAUAGAGAAACUUAACGUCAAAAUUUAUAAAUAUUAAAGACGUUGAAUCAAUUCGUCUCUAGGGGAAAGAGAUAAUUCACCGAGAGCUAACUUGAGUUUGUGCAAUCCAGUUUUAUCGUUCAAUGCAAUGUUUUAAACUGAUUUUUGUGCCGUGCAUUCAACUAAUUAAUACUGACUGUGUUUUAAUAUUUAAAUAAUUAAAAAGCAGCAAGGAUCUAAUACUUCACUUGAUAAACGUAGGGCAGACUAGAGUUUUAUGUCUACGUCAUCGUGCUCCAUGUUGGUUUUGCUGAUGGUCACGAAUUAAAAUCGCCAGGUAAACAGGAUGCAUUAUCUUACUAUAUUUGUAUUCUUCACGAAUUGCUAGAUAUUUAAAUCGGGGUUAACAGGACAGCCAAAAUCGGCUAGGCUCCGGUGGUGUCGAGAAGCGUCAUGGCAGCUCGCCGAAGAUGUCGCACCGGUGGCGGUGCGACGUCUGGCCGUGAGCUGCAGCGCUGCACUACAACUCGACUCUGUCUGACCCUAGCCUAUCUUGGCUGUCCUGUUAUGUUCCUGAGCAUACAAGCUUUUAUUGGUUUAAAACUGUAUUAGCCUAUCUUGGCUGUCCUGUUAUGUCCCUGAGCACACAAGCUGUUUUUUUUGGUUUAAAACUAUUAGCCUAUCUUGGCUGUCCUGUUAUGUCCCUGAGCAUACAAGCUUUUUUUUUGUUUAAAACUGUAUUAGCCAUGAACCUUUUUAGGAAUAUUUAAGCAUUAUCAAUGUAUAACAUGUGAUGCCAUGUACCGAUCAAUAUGUGUACUUUUAUCCGGGUGUAGUUUUCAGUGAACUAUUAUUCACGCCUGCAUUAAGAAGCAUGAGUUUUUAAUGUAUUCCAUGUCUAUGAGUUUCUUUUUUACAAAGAUUGCCGAUUAUUCCUUGUUAUUCGUGGUUGUUAAUUUUUAUUACGUCUCCUAGCAAUGUAAACAUGGAGACCUAUAUGAGUAUAUCUAAAUAUCUAAUAAAUAAAAAUUGCCUGCUA